GUAGCCAGUAACGCGCGAUAAGCACGUCGUCGUCCCGCACACGCACGCGAUAUCGCUCUACGUUUCUCUCUCUCUCGGACAACUCACAGUAUCAGCGUCCGCCGCAGUGCGUCGCCGUCGUCGCAGCGCCGCAUCCGCACAGUUCGUCGCGCGCCGAUCCGUCUCGCUUAGAGUACUCCGCCGUAUAAAAUAUUACGUUUUAUACACGAAGCGCCGUAGCGUACACAGCUGCAGCUCCGGUCGCGCCACUUUUUACCAUUGCCCCCCCACGUCAGUCGUCACUCGUCACUUCGUCGGUGAACAACAGUGUUCAGUUGUCGGUCCUCCGAGUCUGUCGUGCCUAAGUAGGAUAGAUAGUGGUUUUUUUUUUGAAUAUUAUUUUUUUUUUUACUUUUAUCGUUUUUAUUGUUCUUAUUGUUUCGCACUGUACGCGGUUUCGGUGUUUGAAAAAGAACAGAACAACAAUAUCGUUUUUUCGCAUCGAACUCCAUUUUCCGACCUACCGUGCACACCUGUCGACAAUGUAUUUGUAUUUCUGUUGUCGUCUGAAAUCCGCCGACGUCAAUCUCAUCACGAGAGUUCUACAACUCAAGGGCUGAAUAUUAUUUUUUUACCGUUGUCGUAAAAACACACUGACGGUGUGUCCUAUUCCGGUUCCGACACCGCUCCGAUCGCCACUUCCACCACUCCUCCUACUCCUCGCCGAUCACCGUUUUCUUUCUCUCGUCGUACCCGUUCUACCUUUGCACACGUAGCGUCGGUCGCUGCACAGAGAUAGCACACGUUGCGUAAGUGUUCACGGACGAAUACAAAGACAUCCGGUAUACCAUAUACCAUUUGUUUGCGCUUCUACACGCCGGUGGCCAAAGUGGACUCGACAAAUUUCCUGUGCACCAUCACACUGGCCAGCAAAGUGGACUACGUCGUUCGUAGAAGAUCCAUUGGUGGCAUGAGGCCAGACCUGCAGAAACUCAUCUAUCACACGUCUUCAGACCACUUUUCAGAGCUAGACACCAUCGCCGUGCUCUAGUCCCACACACCGCUAGCAGUAUAGAAUAGUUAUAAUUGGUGUGAGCUUGCGAGUCCUGUUCUUAGUGUGUCCGUAUACUUCAUGGCGCCUACUAUCAUGAUGCGGCCCAUUAAAAAGGACUGGCAACGUCAGUCACAGUCUGAAUCUGAGGAUGACGAUAUGGUUGGAAAGAAAGAUAUAAUGCCGCUAGUAAUGCUCCAAGUCGGCCAACAUUUUGUGCCUUUGGUUAUAACAAUGGUAGGUUUGCCAGCACGUGGCAAAACCAUUCUUGCUUAUAAGAUUCAACAAUAUCUCAACUGGACAAAUCAUAAGGCUAAAGUGUUUUCUGUGAGCUCUUACAGACGUAAACACAUUGAAUUGUAUAGUAGCCAUGACCUCUUUCGUAAGGAGAACAGUGAAGCGGCUGAGAUUCGUCAAUUAAGUGCACAAGAAGCACAAGAUGAUGCCACCAAAUGGUUACAAGAUGGAGGAGAUGUAGCUAUAUUGGAUGGCACUCAUAUAACACAAGCUCGUCGCCAAACAGUAUACGAUCAUUUUGCUAAGGUCAUGGGAUAUAAGGUAUUAUUUAUUGAGUGUGUUUGUGAUGAUGAGAUGCUUAUUGAGCACAAUGUAAAAGAAGUGAUGCAAUUCAGCAAAGACUAUAGAAAUAUGUCUAGUGAGAAAGCUCUUGAUGAUUUUCAUCACAAGAUUGAACAUUAUAUGGAACAACAUGAACCCAUGAAACCAAAAACAGAUGGCUAUAGCUACAUAAAAUAUUUAAAUGCAGGAGAAUCACUUACUGUUUGUCGUUUGAAUUCUCCUAUGCAAAGUGAGGUGCUAGCCUUUGUUUCAAAUUUCAAACCAUUAGCAAAAACAUUUUAUUUUUCAAGACAUGGCGAAAGUGAAAACAAUGUUUUGGGUCGUAUUGGAGGAGAUGCAGAUUUGUCAGUCCGUGGUCGCACUUAUGCAGCAGCAUUAGCACGCUAUUUUAACAAUGAGAAUCGUUUAGAAGGAUUACGUGUGUGGACUAGUGAAUUGAGACGCACCCACCAAACAGCUCAAGGUAUUAAAGCACCAAUUGAACCUGUACCUUUUCUCAAUGAGUUAUAUGCUGGUGUAUGUGAAGGAUUGAGUUAUGAAGAGGUGCAAUGCAAAUUUCCACAAGAGUUUGCUUGGCGUGAUCAAGAUAAGUUACAGUAUCGCUAUCCAUGGGGAGAAUCUUACAUAGAUAUUAUGACACGAUUAAAACCAGUAUUGUUGGAACUUGAAGGAGAUAUAGAUAAUUUAUUGAUAAUCAGUCACCAAGCUGUUUUAAGAUGCUUACUUGGAUACUUCUUAAAUAAGAAACAUGAAGAAUUACCAUACAUUAACGUACCUUUGCACACCAUCAUCAAGCUGACUUUAAGCGGAUAUAAAUGCAAAAUGGAAGUGAUUAAGCUAAACAUUGAAUGUGUGGACACAUACCGUAUGCAACCGAAGAACUGUUCUGUCAAUCGUUCAACUGAUGAUGCCUUACAAACAGUGCCAGCUCAUUUUGAGAAUUUAUCUUUGUGGAAUCAUGCGCCAAUUGUUCAGCUUUGAACACAAUCCAAACAUAAUAUAUAAUUAGAUAUAUUUAUAUUUGCAUAGACUUUAAUUCAUAUACAAUAUCCCAAUAAUUUUAGAUCUUUAAAGUUUAUAACAUCAUUGCAUUUAAAAUGGUUUUAUAAUAUAGAAAAUAUAAUGUUUAAUUUCAGGUAUAAAAUUUUCACAUAACCUUAUUCUAUAAAAUAAUAUUCUAAGUGAAUAUUAGUAAUUUGAUUGUUUUUGACAUUAACGGACCAUGUUAAGGGAUGAUAAAUAUUAGAGAUAUUUUAAUAAUUUUUAAAUAUAGAUUUGAAAGAAUACCUACAAAUUAAAUAUUAUUUUUUAAGGAUUAAGUGUAAUCAAUUAUAAUUACAUGAAAAGUUAUGGAUUUCUAUAGUUUAUUUAUUAUAUUAAUUUAGUAUAUUGUCAUAACUUAUAUUAUAACUUUAAAAAACUAAAUUCUAUUGUCUCUAGUUCCCAUGCUAGUUUCAGUAUUAAAAUUAUUUGAUGUUAUUAACAAAAAAAAAAAAAAAAUUUGAUGAGUGAGCAUAUGUGUUUGAUCUCUUACAUUAUUUACAACAUUUUAUGAUCGCACAAACCACAGCAUUAUAACUCUGCUAAAGUACGAACAAGUUCCUAAGUAGCAGCAACAAAAAAAUAAAAUUAUAAAUAAUGUCUAUAAACAAUAUACGAAAUCCAAUAAUAAUUAUAUUAAUUAUUACUUUUUUGUGACAAACUAUUCUAUUCUUCCAUUUUAAUUAUUAGUUAAAAUAUUUUUGUACUGUAGUUAUUUUUGAUUUAUUAUAUGUUUUUUUUUACUUUAAACCGUAUUCAUUAUUGUUAAAAAAGAAAAUCUGUAAUAUUAUUGAUUUUGGAUAAAUAUUGUUAACAUAGUAUACUUUUGUAGCUUAUUGAUUCAUCAAUAAAAAAAAAUAAUAAUUGAUAAUUGAUUUAACAUAAUGUUUAGUCUGGAUUUAAGUAAUUAAGAUAAUAAAUAAGUUAAAAAUUUCCAAUUUAUUGUAUUUGUUUUGUUUUAUUUUGUUUUGACUUGGAGUAAUAUUUACUAAGAAUAUGUCAGCGUACUGUUUUUUCUCUCAGACCCGUGCUAGACUAAGAAGCAUUAAUAAUAUUUUUAAGAGUAUAAUGUACAGCAAACUCUCAAAAUACAUAAUGACCCUUAUAAUUUUCAUAAUAGUCAUAUUUACUUCAACAUUACUUAAAGAUCAUGUAAAACAAUACUACUCACAUGAAUGUUUUAAAUAGUUCAUUAAAUGGUUUAUCUGUCUAUGUUACACGUAGGUCUAAGAGAUAAAACAAAUAUUAAUUUAUUGUGCCAAGAUCUGACAUCCUCUUAAUAUUCAUUAAUUCUAUAUCUAUUUCUACUCAGUAGUUAGUACUCACUAAUAAUCAGUACUAUUUAUAGAGUAUAACAUGUAACAAAUACCUAGUUACAAUAAAAUUAAUAUAAUAUAAUGUAAGCAUUUUAUCAAAUUUGUAAUAACAUGAGAUAUGUUGAGUUUCAUAACAUUAAAACAUAAUAAAUAUAUAUAAUUAAUACCUGUAAACUUGAAUAUUUAACCAAUUAUAUUAUUUAUUAGCAUUUUCUA